CCAAUAAGGGCAGGAGAAGCCUGCUCGCCUAACUCGGCUCCACCCACCAGCACGGAAAAGCAGGUUUUAAGGUCAAAGCACCUGACAAAAUUCAGGUGCCGGUGGCUGUCAGUCCCCACGAAAAAGUCCAGAAUUUUAAGGCUGCCCACAGAGAUUUGGAAAAUGGCAGCAAAUGAAAAUGUCAGCAUCUUUAGUUCAGCAUCCUUGGCUGUGGAGUACGUAGAUUCACUCCUACCAGAGAAUCCCCUGCAAGAACCAUUUAAAAAUGCUUGGAAUUAUAUGUUGAAUAAUUACACAAAGUUCCAGAUUGCGACAUGGGGGUCCCUCAUAGUUCAUGAGGCUCUUUAUUUCCUGUUCUGUUUACCUGGAUUUUUGUUUCAAUUUAUACCUUACAUGAAAAAGUACAAAAUUCAGAAGGAUAAACCAGAGUCAUUGGAAAAUCAGUGGAAAUGUUUUAAAGUGCUUCUGUUUAAUCACUUUUGUAUCCAGCUGCCUUUGAUUUGCGGAACCUAUUAUUUCACAGAGUUUUUCAAUAUUCCUUAUGACUGGGAAAAAAUGCCAAGAUGGUACAUGCUUCUGCUAAGAUGCUUUGGCUGUGCCGUGAUUGAGGAUACCUGGCACUAUUUCCUGCACAGACUCUUACACCACAAAAGAAUAUAUAAAUAUAUUCAUAAAAUUCAUCAUGAGUUUCAGGCUCCAUUUGGGAUGGAAGCUGAAUACGCACAUCCUCUGGAAACCCUGAUUCUUGGAACUGGAUUUUUUAUAGGAAUCGUGCUUUUAUGUGAUCACGUAAUUCUUCUUUGGGCAUGGGUGACCGUUCGUUUGAUAGAAACUAUUGAUGUCCAUAGUGGUUAUGAUAUUCCUCUCAACCCUUUAAACCUCAUCCCUUUCUACGCUGGUUCACGGCAUCAUGAUUUCCACCACAUGAACUUCAUUGGAAACUAUGCUUCAACUUUUACAUGGUGGGAUAGAAUUUUUGGAACAGACUCUCAGUUUAAUGCCUACACUGAAAAGAUGAAGAAAUUGGAGAAAAAGACUGAGUAACCCUCUCUGUAAACCUUCUUGAAGAUACACGUUUUUCGGGAUUGAAACUAGUAGUAACAUUGCUUCUGGGAGCAGAAAUAAGCGCGUGUGUUGGCUACAUAGUGAUAAAAAGAACGUUAACAACCUUUAUCUUCCUAGUGGGUACUUUUUCUACUUUACACACAAGUCCCAUUUAUGUACAAAUAAAAUGUACAUUUAAAUAUGGUUUUUAUAAGGAAAUCUUAAAAUGCCAUUUUGUUAACCUUAAAAAAAGGUUUUAAGUACUGGAAGAAGUAUUAAUCUAUCAGCUGGCCCCAUGGUUAAGCGCUCGGCUACUACCUGAAAGGUCGGCAGUUCAAACCUACCAGCUGAGAAAGACGUGGCAAUCUGCUUCCGUAGAGAUUACAGCCUUGGAAACCUCAUGGGGCAGUUCUACUCUGUCCUAUAGGGUAAUUAUGAGUCAUUAUCAAUUCGAUGGCAGUGGGUCUGGUUUAAUGCCAUAGGUCAGAAGUUGAAACUGGUCUUUAAUUCUUUUAAAAAUGUAGUGCCCGUUUCAGAAGGCUCUUCAUUGUGGUGUUGGCCUCAUACUGAACUUUACACACUUUGUUGAAUUUGCCUAAGGAUCAAAAUAUCAUGGGUUGAACCACAGAGACUAAUACAGUGAGCAACUGAAGCUGUACUGAAGACUUUGCUGUAGCCUGGAGCUGACCAUUUGAGGUAAUUCUCCCUUUCUUUGGGGAGUUCUUUUUGAUUCAGCGCACUACUGGCGUCUGUAAAUUAGAGCUUUUUUGAACUGGUGUAAGUGGAAUAUUUUAGACUAAAGGUUCUCACAGUUACUUGAAUUUUCUAAAACUCGAGGAGCUUUAUUUCUGCUAUUACACUUUCAUUUUUGUAUUUGAAGUUUUCAUUGUACUUAAAUCUGUAUCUUGUAAUUUUAUGAACUGACUUGCUGUAUUUGCACUUUGAGCUAUGAAAUAAAUGUGAUUUUUGUCUCA